AUUACGGAACCUGAGCUUGAGGUUCCUCUGGGUUCGUUGCUCUCCCAUAACCGCCACCAAACCAUCCAAAGUCGCCCGGAACUCCCACGCUCUCCCGCCGCCCUCACCAGCACGGUUGAGUAUUCGGCAAUUGCGCACAGAGUUGUCGUAGUUUUCUUGCAUCAUUUUAUCGACGUUCGACUUGAUUCCCGUCGCCAGCGCUUCUCCCUGUCGUCAUCAUGCCUUCUGCCACAGGUGCAAAUUGGGAGAAGUACAGAAAGAACUUCGCCGAUGACGAAAUAGAGGAGAAGAAGAUCACGCCCUUAACAGAUGAGGAUAUUCAGGUUCUCAAGACAUACGGCGCCGCACCGUACGGUGCCGCCAUCAAGAAGCUCGAGCAACAAAUAAAGGAGAAGCAACAAAGCGUGGAUGAGAAGAUUGGCGUCAAGGAGUCGGAUACCGGCCUUGCGCCACCCCAUCUCUGGGAUACCGCCGCCGAUCGCCAAAGGAUGUCAGAAGAGCAGCCGCUUCAGGUAGCGCGGUGCACCAAGAUCAUCCCCGACGAGAAGGACGAGUCCAAGAGCAAGUAUGUCAUCAACGUCAAGCAGAUCGCCAAGUUCGUCGUCCAGCUCGGCGAGCGCGUCAGCCCGACGGAUAUUGAGGAGGGGAUGCGGGUCGGCGUCGACCGGAACAAGUACCAGAUUCUCCUCCCGCUGCCGCCCAAGAUCGACGCCAGCGUGACCAUGAUGACGGUCGAAGAGAAGCCUGACGUCACAUACGGCGAUGUUGGUGGUUGCAAGGAGCAAGUAGAGAAGCUGCGCGAGGUGGUCGAAAUGCCGCUGCUGUCGCCCGAACGCUUCGGCAACCUGGGUAUCGACCCACCCAAGGGCGCUCUCCUCUACGGCCCCCCCGGUACCGGCAAGACCCUGUGCGCGCGCGCUGUGGCCAACAGGACAGACGCUACCUUCAUUCGUGUCAUUGGCAGUGAGCUCGUCCAAAAGUACGUGGGCGAGGGCGCCAGAAUGGUACGCGAGCUCUUUGAGAUGGCCCGGACGAAGAAGGCCUGCAUCAUCUUCUUCGACGAAAUCGACGCCAUCGGCGGCGCCCGUUUCGACGACGGUGCCGGCGGUGACAACGAGGUGCAGAGAACCAUGCUGGAGCUCAUCACCCAGCUUGACGGCUUCGACGCCCGUGGCAACAUCAAGGUCAUGUUCGCCACUAACCGGCCGUCGACGCUCGACCCGGCCCUCAUGCGACCGGGCCGUAUCGACCGCAAGAUCGAGUUCGCGCUACCCGAUCUUGAGGGUCGCGCCAACAUUCUCCGCAUCCACGCCAAGAGCAUGUCGGUCGAGCGCGACAUUCGGUGGGAGCUCAUCUCGCGCCUGUGCCCCAACGCCACGGGCGCCGAGUUGCGCAGUGUGUGCACCGAGGCGGGCAUGUUCGCCAUCCGGGCGAGGAGGAAGGUGGCGACCGAGAAGGACUUCCUGAGCGCCGUUGACAAGGUCAUCAAAGGCAACCUCAAGUUUAACUCGACCGCGGCGUACGCGCAGUACAAUUAGAGUGGGCUAGGAAGCCCGUUCUUGUUUGUACGAAUAGAGCUUCUUACAUUCCCCUGGAAACUGUCGGGUGGCCGCAACGACGGGUGCCCAGCAAUGCCUUGCACGAUACUGAGCGAAUGGAGCUGAAUGAGUUAUUUAAUUGUUUGGGUUUUUCUUACCCAGUUAUUUCUCCCACUCCGGGACGCCCUUAUCGUCGUGCCUAUAGGGUCACUGGCCCCAGUACCCCGAGCUGUAAAUGAUGUGCGCUAGCUACUGGAACCCUACCAAACCCCCGGCCUUUCCGCUGCCUUGCUUUCCAGAUAUAUCGGGCUAUGCAUGAAGCAAGAUGGGGUUAAGCUUGAUGUAGCUAUCCCAAUACCUUCUCGUUCUCUCUCUUUCGAGUGAAUUAUCAACUAUUAUUAUGCCCAGGAAAUGCUCUGACAGUCCCUGAGUUUCACUCA